CCCGCCCCUUCCGUCUCCCACUUCCGGAUAGCGGCGCGCUUUUGAGCCGCCGUUUCGGAAUCUGAUUGGCUGGAGUGUCAACUGCUAACUGCCGCGGAGUUUAAACCUGAAUCCUGGGCUUUCGCGGAUUGACGAGCUUCUCAGGAAGGAGUGGGCACCCACAGCCGAAGGGGUCUCCAGUCGGCGCGGGCGAGACCUGCGCGGCCGGCGAGGCCUGCGGAGCCCGAACCCUUCUCGCCGCCGCGCGGCGGCUUGCAGGGCAGAGUCGCGGAGCCGGCUUCCGAUCGGGGCGGUAACUCCCAGCCUUUGCGCUUCCAGCUGGGCGAGCGGUCGCCAGGAGCUUUCAGAAAUGGAGUACCCUGGGAUAGAAGUUGACUCUGUUACCUCUGGAAUUAAGAGAAGAGUGAAGGACAGAAUUGCAAAGACAAAGUUGAAUGUUUCUCUUGCUUCAAAGAUCAAAACAAAAAUAUUAAACAAUUCUUCUAUUUUCAAGAUCUCUUUAAAGCACAACAACAGAGCAUUAGCUCGGGCCCUUAGUAAAGAGAAAGAAAAUUCUCGAAAAAUUACUACCGAAAAGAUGCAGUUACAGAAAGAAGUGGAGAAAUUGAAUUUUGAGAAUACCUUUCUUCGCAUAAAGCUAAAUAACUUGAAUAAGAAGCUUAUAGAAAUAGAAUCUCAUGUGAGCAGUAAUUUGUUAACUGCAAUUGAAAUGAGCAGUCUUUCUGAGUUCCAUCAAAGUUCUUUUCUCCUGUCAACUAACAAGAAAAAAAGGACCAGUAAGCAAUGCAAGCCUGCACCUCUUCCAUAUGCAAGGGUUCUCUUAACUUCAGAAAAUGAUGAUGAUGGUGAUGAUGGUACUGAUGAUAAAUGGAAUACAAAGUGUAACAACAGAACUAUAUCAAAGACAUCACCUGAUAGUACCUCUUCGAUAUCAAGACAACCUUUAUCCUUACAUCAGUGUAAUUUGGAAGCAUUCCUUCCUAAAGAAGAUAAUCAGAAAACAUGUGACUCAGGUCAUUCAGAGCAUACUUCAAGUGUUGAUGUACUUCUGAAUGAGAGCCAUUGCCACUCAGAUCAAAGUCCUAAGAGUUCUCUGCUGAGUGAGAUAAAAACUCCUCCAUCUUCCAGCCUCAAAAGGGAAAAAUUGUUACUUGGUAAUGUGACUAAGAGGAAGAAGUGUGUGUCUUCAACUGCAGACAUUCUGUAUGUGACAGAUUAUCUGCACAAGCAAAUUACUGGUAUAUACCCUGCUCAGAAUGAGUCCCAAAUUAGCAAAAUCCCUAGGAAGAAAGUAAAUCGUAAGACAGAAGUAAUUUCUGGAGUGAAUUGUUUUAAUAAUGACAAAGGUGUACAUUGUUCAGAAAAGGAUACAUCUUUCUUGCUACAAAAGGAUAAAGACAUCCCUGGAACCUUAAAAGACUUAAGUGAGUUUGAUACUCCUGCUUUUUGUAACAAAAAUAGUGCAAAGUUAUGUGAUUACAAGUCUGAAACGCUCUUGGGGUUGAAGAAACAUGACCCUAAUGUGCAACCUGCUUGUCAAGAUGAUUCAAAAGUAGGUGAUGAUGCUCAGGAAAAGAUGAAGGAAGGCACUCAUGACCCCUACCACAGAACACAGAAGUCAAGACCAGGUAGCAGAAUGUCCCUGGUCUUGGUGGAUACCAGUUGUGUUUCAAGUAACCCUGCUAACUCUGAGAAUGAGUCAAAAGAGCAGUCCUCAUACCCGAUGAGAAGAAGGAAGUGCGCCCCUCACAACCUGGCAGAGCCAAGCCUUAGAAGCAAGAUGAGAAGAUGAAGUCGAAGUGAAGUAGAUACGGAUCCUAGUUUUUCCAAGUUCUCAAAGCACAAGUCAGAGAAGAAGCAUAAGAAGGACGUGAGACGAAGUAUUCAGUUGGUGGAAUUUGUACAUGUUCUGGUUUUGGUUUUGUUUUUUGUUUUUGUUUUUGUUUUGUUUUGUGGCCCUUCUUGGAUUGUUGCUAGAUCUAUGUGCAUAAAAUAGUUAUAUCUUAGAUAAAAAACUUUUUUAAAAAACAUUGGUCAUCACAUAACUUGUUGAUUUAAAUUUCUAUCAAAUUCAUAUAAGCAGCUAUUCUUAUAACCAAGUAAAAAUGUACCAACAGAUAGUUUUGCAUUGGUUAUCUUGUAUAUCAGGCUAUCUUGUCUUUUGCUUUUGAGCCAUUUCAGUUACAUGAAGAUCAUAGAGGAUUUGAAAACCAUCUCUUGUCCAAGCCUGUUUUUGUUUCCUCUCACCAUUCUGCCUAUGUUAGAAACACUUGCUAGGCAGCAGCCUCUCUCAGUUACUCGUGAUGGGAUGACUGAGGCAGAGGUAGCUGUCAUGGUUAAUAGCAUCUCUACAGAAUUUAGGGUCACAUAGGAGAUACACUCUAGGCAUGCUGAGAGUAGCUUUCCAGAUUAAUGAAGGUGGAAAGAGCAACACCAUCCCACAGACUGGGGCCAUAAAAGAAGGAAACAUCUAUCUUUUCUAACUUGGUGAAAUGUGAUUGGCCACCUCCCACUCCUACUACCAUACCUUCUCCACCAUGAUGGAUUUUAGCCCUUCAAACUGUAAACUUACUCCCUUAAAUUACUUUUGAUCAGGUAUUUGUCCCUGCGACCAGGAAAGUAGCUAAUUCCCUAGCUUGCCAGGCAUUUAAAUAUUAUUAUUUUUUAAUAUAUAUAUUGGUCUAUGUGAAUGAAUGCCAUGGGGGCAGAUGGGGUACUGCCUGUGUAGGUAAGAGAGAGCUACAGGAGCUUGAGUUGCAGGCCAGCGUGAGUGGUAAGAACCAAACUCAGGUCCACUGGAAGUGCAGCAAAUGCUCUUAACCACUGAGCCGUCACCCCCACAUAGGUAAGGUAUAUGCACAGUUGAGUGCAGGAGCCUGAGGAGUCCAGAAGAGUGCACUGGAUCCUCUAGAGGUAGAGUUUAUAAGAGGUUGUGAGCCAUCUGGCAUGGUUGCUAGGAACUGAACUUGGGUCCUCUGUAAGACCAUGAGGUGUCUCUCUAGCCCAUUUUCAUUAUUAUUAUUAUUAUUAUUACUAUUAUUAUUAUUUUAAGUAAAUAGUCCUCCUUGUGUCUGAGCCCACUACAUAGUUUACCACAGUCACAUAAUUAGGAAAGCUUUAGCUGAUGGAGGUAUAAACACUUUCUUAGAUAAUAUCUGGCUAAUAAAGGGAUAGACCCACUAACUGUUGGUGAGCACUUGAAGUGAUCCCUGAAGUCCUAGGAUGACAGCUUUGAGAUCUGUUUAUUGCAGGAGAACAAGGCACAGAGUUCUUCCUAACAUUGAGGAUGUCAUCUUUACUGCUAAAACAAGAACACAGCACCCUGCCUGUGCAGUGGAGGUUGGAGGCCCUGUUAAAGCAGCAUUUACACUGUGGGGAGCGUUGCCUCUCUGACAGUCUGUUCAUGCUCCAGGAACACUGUUUAAGACUUCUGACCUCCUGGAAUUCCUCUGACGGUAUUGUUUUUUUUGUUCCUUUUUUUUUUUUUUUCCACCUUUUAUGACAUUUUCCUUUAUUUCUCUCUCCCAUGCAAAUUACUUCAUAUUUUAUAGCCCGUCUUUUUCUUUUACUAUUGGUAGAGUUUGAUCACACUUAAAAAAAAAAGUUUCUGGAUUAUAAAAGUGUACCCAUGGUCUUAAUUUUUGAAAAUUUUUCAAUUGUGUGCGUGCAUGCAUACAUGCUAUGGAACACGUGGAGGGCCUGUCCUUUCAUGAGGAUCCCAGGGGUGGAGCUCAAGUCAUCUUUGUUUUUUGCCCAUUGAGCCAUCUUUGUGAGCCCUACAUUUAAAUUUCAGACUAAUGCAGAGCUUAUUGUAUGGUGUGAAGUAUACCUGUAAUUUACUAUUUCUCAAGUGAUUUAUUGACUUAAGAGCUCAUAUCUGUUUACUGAUUUGAAGUUUUUAGUGUUGUAUUUCCAUGUGUGUCGAUUGUUGAUUUUCCUGUCUUCUAUUCACUUACAUAUCAUUUUACGACUCUUUAAAAUGUCAGUGUUUUCCUCAUAGGUUUUGCAAAUCUUUUAAUAAAUUUACCAUUAGGCAUUUUGUCCUUCUAUGGGGUUGGCACAAGUGAGGCUUUCUCUUCGGUUCUCCUAACUUACCGUUUGCAAAUAUGAAGAUUACUGGUUUUUGUAUGUUGAUUAAUAAACCCUAUUAUGGCUUAUAACAGUA